UCGGCUAAAAAUGCUAGUGGGGAACAACGCCAUUCAGUUGUUAUUGGCUUUGCAGACAGUACAAUGGCAGUCAAAGGGGUCCUGUAUGAUACCUCUAAACUGAAUCUCGUUAAAGAUGGAACAACCGUCAUGUUGCUAAAUGUAAUCAUGAAGAACGACAGUGCUAAAUCCAUUGUUAUUACAAACAGUAGCAAAAUCCUGAAGACAGGUCCCCUGGAAGUCCCAGAGUCCUUGAUUAAGCAGGGGAAAGCAAUUGCCUGUCCACCUCCUGCUGAUAAGGUGGACAUCAAAAGUGUGCAGACUUCCCCAGUGAAAACGCUUGUCACUCUCAGGGGACAGGUUGUUUCAGAGGAGAUGGAAAGAUCAGUACAUGUGGAUGCUGAGGACACACAUAUAAGGACCAUUAAAGUUAAGGACAACUCAGGAAGUUGCAAGGUAUCGUUGUGGAGGGAGUUGACAAAACAGAAAACACCAGUUGGGAGCCAUAUCACACUAACAAACGUCGUUGUACAAGUGUAUAAUGAUGAAAAAUCUGUUUCUACCACGAUUGAGGCAAUCCUGGGCAGUGCACUACGCUGUGCAGCUGUAGAUGUAGAGAACAAUCUAACAAAGAAAUUGCCAGUGUCUGCCACAGCAACAGUGAAAGAAAACAACAUUCUCCACAUGACCAUUAAGAGUUUACUGGAAUACUCAGGCAAUAUAUCAUACAAUCAUAGUCAUAAAAAAUACCUGCCCAUUUUUGCCACAUAUAUAUUUGAUUUACUAUGA